GCAGGAGUGCCAGGAAUCCCAGGAACAAAUGGUUUACCUGGACGACCAGGCCCCAUGGGACCUAACGGACCACCAGGGCGUAACGGCCUAAACGGAAUGCCCGGUAGCAAAGGUUCUAAAGGUGACCCAGGAGAACAUGGACGACGAGGACGUCGAGGACUUCCUGGCCAAGAUGGACGCAAUGGUACCGAUGGUGCACCAGGAUGGCGAGGCAAAGAAGGACCUCGAGGAGCUAUGGGCCCAAUCGGACCACCCGGUCCACAGGGGCAUACGGGUAAAACUGGUCGCCCCGGAAGAAGAGGUCCAUCAGGAAGGGUUUCACGGAAUUGCAGAUGCAAAAGAAAUGUUCCUACUCAGAUGUUUUUUGUUAAUACAGGGUUCUGGAUUUCUCAUAAACAAAUGAUGGGAUUCCAGAACGUCCCAUCGGCCAUGGGAGACUUUCACAUGAAGGUCGUGGAUCCAGUCACAUAUGUCCUGCAUAUUGGAGGUGAUUGGGUAAACGACGAUUCUGUGACACUCUACAUUCGUCUCCAUUGCAGUCAUCGUCGAAGAGUUGUCUACUUACCCAAUGAAACUGGGCACAGAAUUUAUAAAUUCAAAAGAGAAAACCGCCGUGAAUCCGAGACAUUUACUUAUGUAACCAACAGUCUUAGUCAUAAUGGCCGAUGGCGAUGCCAAUUACAGAUUAGUAAGGGCUACAUACAAGCGUUUUACCGCUGGGACUCACAAUACGGAGAAAUAAGCCUUGCUAUGUGGUAAAAUUACGAAAUCACUAACUUAAGACAAAUCACGAGAACGUACGGUGAAAUCCUGGUUAAACAUGAUUCUUGGAGUCACGUGACAGCAAGCAAAAAAAACUCCUUUAAAAUAACUACAGAAUUCUAAAGGUUAUAAUCUAGAGAGGUCUUACAAGAAGCCCGUUUAAUGAUAUCCCAUCAUGUCAUAUAGACUUUAUUUAGUAUUUCUCGAUUUUCGCUGGAAUGGCAUCGCUAAAAUUGUUAGUAAAUCGACAUUAGUCGUAAAUCGUAUAAAUUACAAUAAAAACAACGGCCUCUAA